CGUUCUUUGUGAAAACAGAAUAAUCCAGUCCAUAGCAGGUUUUGUGGAAAUAAAACAAAAAAUCGUGUAACUUGUAGCGAUGUCUCAUGGACGUAACGAGUGUCGUAUAUACGUCGGUAAUCUGCCACCGGACAUCCGGACGAAGGAUAUUCAGGAUCUUUUCCACAAGUUCGGAAAAGUGACGUUCGUGGAUCUGAAAAAUCGUCGUGGGCCGCCAUUUGCUUUUGUAGAGUUUGAGGACGCACGCGAUGCUGAUGACGCGGUUAAGGCUCGCGAUGGAUACGACUACGACGGAUAUCGAUUGCGUGUCGAGUUCCCACGAGGUGGUGGUCCUGGCAGUUACCGCGGUAGCCGUCAAGGGAACAGUGACCGUAGCAGUAGGGGCGAUCGUGGAAACCGUGGUCCACCGGCACGACGCUCUCAGUUCCGGGUGAUGGUAACCGGAUUACCAUCGUCCGGAUCGUGGCAGGACCUGAAGGAUCAUAUGCGGGAAGCCGGUGAUGUGUGUUUUGCGGAUGUUUAUAAAGACGGUACGGGAGUGGUGGAAUUCCUACGACAUGAAGACAUGAAAUACGCGAUCAAAAAGCUUGACGAUUCCCGCUUUCGUUCUCAUGAGGGUGAAGUCGCUUACAUUCAUGUACGGGAAGAUUCAGGAAAUGACGAAAAGCGUGAAUACAGGGACAGAUCAUAUUCGCCACGUCGUCGAAGGGGAACACCGACCUAUUCACCAGUGAAGCGGAGCUUUUCACGAUCACGUUCCCGUUCCUACAAUUGAACCGGCUGGAGGGCUGUCCUCCCAUGAAGACUAAAGGUCUAAGAGGAUUGAUAGAAUGUGAUAAAUUUGAAAAGAGCGCAACACAGGAUAAUAAUGUACGAGGUGUAAAUGCGCGCUAUAUCAUCGGUAACGACGGGAGUCAUAUCGAUUAGUGCUGCGGUUUGAUAAUUGUUCACCUAUUGCACAGGUCACCUGCGGGAUUAUGAGGAUAAGCGUUGGUUCGUAUGCACAAUGUGAUCAUAUGAUCACACUUAUUGUGGGGGAAAAUGGACGGUUCGUUCAUAAAAAAUCAUACGAUUGUUUUCUCAGUUACACGAUGCAAAGCAUUAGUGCCGAUUGCUUUUCAUGCUUUGGUAGUCCAGUACAAUAGGACCGACUGACCAUGAGAAUACGUACUCAUUGAUACCAUAUUUCAUUGAUUCGCAGAUUUUCCCAUCGGUACAGAUGUAUAUUUGUACCGGUAGUAAAACUUGUCAACGAACACCUCUUUGGGAAUGCGCCUUACCCUACAUAAUGGGGUUUUUGACACGGUAUGUUUUAACAUCGUAAGCUUGCUUUAGCGACAUUUAUUUAUUGCUGGGGAAGCAAGUAAAACGAAAUCGCAUCGAUGAUGAAGGCAAACGAUGAGAUGAUGGAUUGGUGAUGGAUUCAGGACAUCGAGGGACUGACUAUGCACAGGAAGGAAUGGAAGCGUAUAUUUGAAAACACUGGAAUAUUCGUGGAGGCUGGAUUUGGAUUUAAUUUUGCACGGUGAUUUGGAUUGAUUGGAUUCGGAUGGAUCGCCGUUGGAGAAAGGAGAUCUGAAGGAUGAGGCUGUAUUGGUUCUGGAAUUGGUUGUGCACUGCUGUAACAUUCUCAUCAUCCAUACCGCACUGGGCAAUCUGUUUUCCCAUCGCUGGACGACGAGGGAGGUGGAUAGUAGGAUUGAUCACAAUAUUCCGUCGGAUCGUCGUAUCCAAGUUUUGACAGGUACCGUUUGUAUCUGUAACGAGUGGAAUGAUUAUGUAUCCUUGGACGCAUCUGCUGCGCUUGUGCCAACAUUAAAAGCGGGAAAUGCAUUUGGAUUAUCCUUGUCCAAGGUUGGAUCGACGUUGGAAAUGGAAUGUGCAAUCAUUCGGUAAACACAAAUAGUUUUUUCUCUCAAUUAACACGUUUUACCUUCCUGUAGCAUUUAACCAUAUUUCAUAACUGUUUCUAUGUUAAACCCUCUGGAAUAUCUUUCGCUGUAUACUUCCUUAUUCACAGCUUUGUACCAGAGGAUUUAGACGGGAUCUUGAUGAAAUGAUCUUUCCACCUUUCUGUUCACCUUUCUUCAAAAUGUACAGACAUGUUUCGUUCUCCCAUGUCCAUCGUGUUUGAUGAUUUAGAUAAUUAAAAUCCACUAUAUUAACACUCUUUUCCAUUUGCCCCUUAAACGAUUCAAACGGAAGUGUACGGAAAUAAUCCAUCAUUUUAGCAGGAUACACGUGUAGGAUGGUUUUGAUGGUAAGAUCUGUUGUGUGACAAUAUUUUCGAACACUGGAUAAUGAUGCAGAUGGGAUCGGCACCCGGUGAAUGGAAAAUCGUAACAAAUGCCGCAUACGUGAGUAAAUGCACGCGGGCUGAAAUAUACCACAACAAUACCGUCAACUAUACUGGAUGAUCAGGCACUAAAUGUUUAUGUGAAGAAAUAUACAACAUAUUAAAGGCAAUAGUAUGGAUAAUGCUGUUUGUGUGCUGGUUACGCCAAUAAAUUAGCAA